AUGAGCUGGCAAGGGUGGGUUGAUCAGACCCUGGUCGGGUCCAAAAAGAUCGACAAGGCCGCCAUUUUCUCAGCAGCUGGCGAUGCUGAAUUUGCAGCAAGCGCUGGAUUCGAUGUGAAGCUGGAAGAGAUUCAAUACAUCCUGCGAGGCUUUGAGGACUCGAUCCCUCUGUAUUCUGGCGGACUCUUUAUUGCAGGAGAAAAGCUUCAGGUCACCAAAGCAGAUGACCAAAGUAUUUAUGCUCAAAAGGGUGGGGAGGGCGUCUGUGUGGUGAAAUCAUCCGAGUCAAUCAUUGUCGCACAUUAUCCUGAAACAGUGGCACCCGGAGACGCUGCAAGUAUUGUGGGCCAACUUUCAGCUUAUUUGACUAGCAUAGGAUACUAG